AUUUGAAGACUACGUGCUAGGGCAGCCAGAGGUCAUCAUCGAAUCUGAUCAUCGCCCCCUAGAGUCAAUAUUUAAGAAACAGCUGUGUGAGUGCCCGUUACGUUUGCAGCGUAUGAGACUCUCUCUUCAGAGGUUCCCUAUAAGAGUGACUUACAAGCCAGGGAAAGAACUGUUCCUAGCGGAUGCGCUGUCACGCUUUUCGAACAAGACUGAGCUGAAAGAAGAAUCGCUAGAUUUUCAAGUACAUGCUCUUUCUUCGCUUCCAGUCUCUGAUCGGCAACUGCAAGGAAUCCGUGAAGCUCUACUGAAAGAUGCAACAAUGAUGGAAUUGUGCAACUACUCAAGCAACGAAUGGCCAGAGAGCAAGCAACAGGUAUCCGAGGCCGUACGCGCGUACUGGAAUUACCGCGAUGAACUCCAUGUCGAAGACGGUCUCCUCCUAAGAAGCAACAAACUCGUCAUUCCUCCAACAAAACGACAAGAGGUACUUCGUCUACUCCACGCGGCACACGGGGGUGAAGAAAAAAUGAAGGCAAGAGCCAAAGAAGUAAUGUACUGGCCGGGCAUGUCUACGGAUAUUGCAUCUCUCGCGAAGACGUGCCUACUUUGUCAAAGGUACAAGAGCAGGAACGCCAGGUUACCCAUGCUCAGUCACGACAUACCUACUUUGCCGUGGCAAGUAAUCGGAGUCGACCUUUUCUACCACGAAGGCGAGGAGUACCUUGUUAUGGUAGAUUUCUAUUCUUUUUUUUUCGAGAUCAAGCAGAUGCGUCGAACAACAGCAGAAGCAGUGACAAACGUGUGCAUGCAGAUCUUCGCCACUCAUGGCAUCCCAGCAAAGAUAUGCAGCGAUAAUGGCCCCCCGUUCAAUAGUGCGUGCUUCCGCGUUUUUUCCACACAGUUGCGCAUCGUCCACGAGACUUCCAGUCCACAUUAUCCUCGCGGUAACGGCAUGGCGGAAAGGGCCGUCCAAGAAGCAAAGAAACUGCUCAAGAAGUGCCGGUAUGGAACGCUGGAGUUCUACAGUGUCCUGCUAGAAUGGAGGAACAUGCCAAGGGACGACCGCCUAAAGUCGCCCACACAACGACUCAUGGGCCGCCAGACGAGGACUAAACUGCCAGUACUUGAGCGCCACCUUGAACCACAAACCGUGCCAACCGAAAUUGUCCGAAAGCGACUUGACGAAAUACGGCGCAAACAACGCGUUUUCUACAACAGAACAACGCGAAGUCUGCCGGAUAUUCACAGGGGUUCCACGGUGACUGUUUAUGAUACGACACACAGGACAUGGGCACCAGCAGUUGUCAUAGGCCCGGCAAGUACACCACGGUCUUAUGUCGUUGAGACAGAGAAUGGGCAGCAUCUACGACGCACGAGGGAGCACCUGAGAUCAACAGAAGGACAAGCUUCCUCCCAGCAGCCCGAGUGUACGAUAGCGACCCCUCAGUUCUCCUCUCAACCGUGCACCACCGAGCAACAAGCACCUCAAGAAUCACUCCGUAGAAGCACACGACAGCGCAGAGAGCCGCAACGGUAUCCUCUCCCAGAACGCCGCACAUAGACAGUUCAGUGGAAGCUGUGCAAAUUGACUUAUUAGUUGGUUGUACAGUCUUUCGUACAAUCUCAUGUGCUGGGUUUUUUUUUUCCUCAAAGGAAGGAAGAUGUGACCAGU